UAUGAUUACUUAAUUAAAAACUUUCUUAAUUUUCAGGCAACAUUUGCAUCAAAAAUAGAAAUAGAAAAUGGCAAAAUGAAAGUCACAAGAGAAAUUGAUGGAGGUCUAGAAAAUAUAACCGUAACGCUUCCGGCAGUCUUGAGUGCCGAUCUUAGACUCAACGAGCCUCGAUACGCCACUCUUCCAAAUAUAAUGAAAGCAAAAAAGAAGCCUCUGGAUAAGAAAAAACCUUCAGAUUUGGGAGUGGAUAUAACUCCCAGAAUCGACAUUAUAUCAGUGGAAGACCCUCCCGUAAGAGAAGCUGGAGCUAAGGUGGAGUCCGUUGAUGAAUUAUUAGCAAANUUAUUCUGUCACAGAUUUUAUUGA